AUGAGCUUACAUCAUGCAAAGCAACUAAAGUUUCACAAGCUACAAAUGAGAUUACACCCUGACCAAGUCAUGCUGGAACAAGUACAAGAGGAGAACCAGCGCUUGAAUCAGCAAGUUGCAAGUCUGACAGCUGCAUUUAUGGCACUGCAGAAAAUGGAGGCACAAGAUCUUCUUGCCAAGGAGGAAGCACUGAAGGAGAUUCAGGAGAAUUACAUCUUCCUGGAAAGUGAAAUCAAGUCACCCAGAGAUGUGCCUGGAGGAGGAAACAGCACAGAGACGACAUCCUCCCAGCUGUCUUCCAAGCUAUUGGUCACAGGCUCCAUCACUCCAAGCUCCACAACAGAUGGGUCAAUGUAUUCUUCAGACAUGUCCUUUUUGGGUUUAUCUCAUCCUGCCUCUGUCAUGAGGACCACAGAGAUGCCCAGUCUGGCACGAUCUUCUGGCCUAACUCAGGCUUCGCAAACGAGAGCCGUAGCUCAGCCCAAAGAUGGUAUUGAAACACUAGAGUGGAACUCUGCUCCAUCAAGAAACCUUAGUCUUUCAGUGAUGGUGUCAGGACAACGCCAGAACCGCUUCAGCCCUUUGUUUACUGACUCAAGGAAGACUGCCCAGACCCUUGGAUGCAUGGAGAACCAUGGAAGGACACGUUCUGCUUAUGAGGACUACCAAAAGUCUGCAUCCAGUGCUAUUGGAAAUUUGAAAAUUGCUGAAAUUGAUCCAGGUGGUCAUUUUGUAAAGAUUCUGAACUGUGCCCCAGAAAAAGAGGAAAGCAUUGGGGAUUAUCUCUUGAAGCAGGACAUCCAAGGUCAACUAGUGGCUGUAUUUCGGUUUCCCCCCAAGACCAGGAUGGGGCCCAACUCCACCGUGACAGUUUGGGCAGCAGAUGCUACAGUGCUUCACAAACCUCCCUCAGAUUUUCUUUGGAAGGACCUGGAGAGAUUUAGGACAACCCUUGACUGUGCUACCAUUCUCUGUGAGCCUAGCGGUCAAGCUGUGGCUUGGUACACUCCUCUCUACUGGAACAGAAGGCAAGGAUGGGUGGCGAAAGAGGAAAGUGAGAAA